CGGUCUGCCCACUUCCGGCUUCGGGGCUCGGGCUGCGGGUGCAGGCGGCCGGGCGGAGCGGCGCGGGUCCGGUUGUCCUCCGCGGUUGGCCAGUGCGCGCCCCUGACAGCUGCACGGCUCCCGCCCCCGAGGAUCGCGGCGCGCGGGGGGAGGGCGCGGAGGAAGAGGUCCGGGUGGCGCUUCCGCUCUCCUCUCGCCGGGGUCGAGAGGCGAUUCCGGGGAGCCGCGGCCGGGAUCCCCGCGCACAGGUAUGUCUGACUGCAGCAAUGAUACUACAACUCUGGGUGCAUCUAAGCCAGCCACUGAAGAUGUCAAGUCUAAUUCUGAGGAGUCUACCAUGGCUCAAGAUUCUCCCAGAAAUUCAGCAGCCGAAAUUCCAGUGACGAGUAAUGGAGAAGUGGACGACUCCCAUGAACAUGGCUUUAGUAGGGAUCUGAAGCAUUCAUUAACAUCUGGACUCGGUCUCUCAGAAUCUCAAAUUACAUCUCAUGGCUUUGACAGUACCAAAGAAAGGGUUCUUGAAGCAGGGGCAUAUCAAGGUUCCUCAGCGCCACCUUUGCCAUCUGUUCUGUCUCCUAGCAGGGUUGCAGCUAGCCAGCUGGCCCAACAAGGAAGUGAUGUAAUAGUUCCUGCAGGUGGCCAAAGAACACAUACAAAAAGUGGACCAGUUGUUCUGGCAGAUGAAAUUAAAAGUCCUGCAAUGGAAAAGUUAGAACUUGUUAGAAAAUGGAGUCUAAACACAUAUAAGUGUACUCGACAAAUUAUCUCUGAAAAACUAGGUCGUGGCUCAAGAACUGUGGACCUUGAACUUGAAGCUCAGAUUGACAUAUUAAGAGAUAAUAAGAAAAAAUACGAAAAUAUUCUAAGACUGGCUCAGACCUUGUCGACGCAGCUUUUCCAGAUGGUGCAUACACAGAGACAACUUGGAGAUGCAUUUGCUGACCUGAGUUUGAAGUCCCUAGAGCUCCAUGAAGAAUUUGGCUAUAAUGCAGAUACCCAGAAACUGCUAGCUAAAAAUGGAGAGACCCUUCUUGGGGCCAUUAAUUUUUUCAUUGCCAGCGUAAACACUUUGGUGAACAAAACAAUUGAAGAUACACUAAUGACAGUGAAACAGUACGAGAGUGCCAGGAUUGAAUAUGAUGCAUAUAGAACUGACUUGGAAGAACUGAAUCUCGGACCACGUGAUGCAAACACUUUGCCAAAAAUAGAGCAGUCACAGCAUCUGUUCCAAGCACAUAAAGAAAAAUAUGAUAAAAUGCGCAGUGAUGUGUCUAUCAAAUUGAAAUUUUUAGAAGAAAAUAAGGUUAAAGUGUUGCACAACCAGCUGGUCCUUUUCCACAAUGCCAUCGCCGCCUACUUUGCUGGGAAUCAGAAGCAGCUUGAACAGACACUUAAACAGUUCCAUAUCAAAUUGAAAACCCCCGGAGUGGACGCCCCAUCUUGGCUUGAAGAACAGUAAAACGUCACCUGGCAGAAGCAGCUUGUCUUACCGUCGUACUCGUAAACAAACCUAGUGAGAGUUAGCGGUGAGGGGACAGCCCGGUGGUGAUGCUUGCACAUACCUUAGUACGUUCCCUUUUUCCUACCUUAACAAUUGAACCCUUUGUCUGAUGGGCAGGUGGGUGGUGUUCAUGUAAGUGUGAUUUCUAUAAUCCGAACACAGUAAUCUUCCUUUUUGAGAAAUCCUUUUGUAUUGUGAGGGUCGAUGGCUAUUUCUGUAGUUUGGAAACAUCUACUAUAGAUUUGCACUGAUGAGAUAAAAUUUCAAGGUUUUUGGUCCUGGAAGUAAGGGCCAGUUGUAACUUUUCCAAAGGGAGGUUUACAUGAUUUCUAUCAACAUCAGAUAUUUUAUAUAUGAAUAUAUAUACAUAUAUAUUAAACAUCUUUAAGAGAUUCAUUUUCAUGUAUUGUCUUUAAAAGGAAACUAUUUUGCAGAGUAAAUUAUAUGGUGUUCAUGCAGCGUGCACAUAGAGGCAGCAGCUGUGAUGAAUGAAUGAUUGGCUCCUAGAGUUGUGAAAAAUAAAUCUACCCUUGUAAUUUUGUGUAGAAGUUCUUUUGAAAUAUGCAGGAGCACACUGUCCAUUCUGUGAGGUGUGUAAACUUAGGAAUUUGUAUCAUCCAAAGUCACUGGGUGGUUAUAGUAGCAAUUUAUUUUGAUUUAUAAUGAAACCUGCUAUGAGAUCCUUUUUUUUUUUUUUAACCUGAAGACUUGGGAAUGGAAAUUCUUGCUGGUUUCUAGGGUAGAAAGCUUGUUUGUGGGUAAAUUUCAUUUUGAUAGAAGUGAAUCCUAGACAGCUUUCAUUGACUUCCUUAUAUAGCUAUACCAAUUAAGCCUUAAAUCACAGAUAUGUGCCUUCUCAGAUACAGUAAUUCUUGUUCAACCCAUGUACAUAACCCAUAAAGAAACCUCUUUAGAUAAUGUUUGAUGUGUCUGACCCUUAGAAAGGAGCACCAUGUGUAAACGUUGGAUUUCUUUGUUCUUAUUAAACCAUACUUGAGAUUUGUGGUAAAAAUGAGCCUUUGAGUUUACUGUUUUGGUUUCUCUUAAUUCCUUUUUAAGGAAUGAGAAUAUGGAAGGCCAUUUUUCUUUGGGGUAAGGAAACGGUCACGUGGAACUGUGGUGGGAUGGGAUGGAAAAGGUGAAAGACAGUGCUGUUCUGUUAUGUGACACUGCAGGUCUUGUGUUCAGCGUCUGACCCGUCUGCUGUGUGCUUCUUCAGCAAUCUAAUCCUCUUUAAAUGUAAAGUUCUUUUGAUUUUUUUUGUCUUAGAUAUGAAUUCGUAUUUUAAGAGAUAUCUCUUCUGUUCAUUUUUAUUAUAUUGAAAUGAAGUACUUAAAAUUACUGUUAUACAUGAACUUUGUGGUUGUAAGAUGUGUUAUAUAUGUCUAAAUGCCUUUUAGCUGGCUUUUUAAUUAAUAUGCCCGUUUUGAGUGCUCACUACAGUGUAAUGUGAUUGUAAAUCAUAAACGUAUUUGAAAUCAUUCCCCCACGUGUAUUUGUACUCUGAGAGCCUUAUUGGAUUCUUCCAACAGAAUAACUACUUGUGAUUAUUCUCUUAACAUUCCCCAGAAUGUGCCUCUGGUGUGAACUUUGUAUUCUUAUUAAAAGUGUCUGCUGCGGUA